AUUUUUUAUUCAUCAAUUUCCGUUAUAACGUUAGCGAAAUACGAAGGACAAAAAUGGUCAGGAGAUAAAUUCGAAAAUAUACUGUGGCCUCUGUAGUGUCUUUAGCGCAAAUUACAUUGGUGAAAAACAGAAGGGCAAAAUUGUCAGGAUGUUUUGAAAAUAAACUAAUUUACCUUCCCUUCCCUGCUUUCCCCCGCCACCCCUUCCCAUCGUUUCCUUCCACCCCACCACCGCCUAAGCAGCUCCCCCUCCGACGACCCGCCAUAACCACCAUUCUACUUUCCAGAAUUUCCGGCUGAUACACUGAUUGGUACCAUUAGGGUACUAUUUUUAUUGCUUCAAAUCUGAAGAAACAAAACAAAGAGCUUCUUUUUCUGUACAAUCCAUCAUUGCUGAAAUAAAUGGAGAAAUCAGGAAUCUGAGACUAAACACAAGACAAGCAAAAAAUGAAUCAGUCUUCUCUUAUUACAAGCUCUGCCUUCAAAGUUCCGCUUGCUCCUUGGGUUUCAUUUCCGAAGCCUCAAAUUUCUAAUUCCAGAAGUUUUGAGCUUCAUAAGGAUUUGGCUAUUGAGUGCAAGAAUUUGAACUACUCAAUCACCACCAGAAACGGGAACUGGAAACACAUUCUCAAGGGUUGUUCAUUCAGGAUUCCAUCUGGGGAGCUUUGGAUGCUUCUUGGUCCAAAUGCUUCUGGAAAAUCAACACUCUUAAAAAUUUUGGCUGGCUUAUUGAAUCCAACUGAUGGUUUUUUGCAAGUAAAGAAGCCAAGGAGUUUUGUGUUUCAGAAUCCUGACCAUCAGGUGGUGAUGCCUACUGUCAAAGAUGAUGUGGCGUUUGGUCUCAGUAAAUUUAACUUAACUCGUGAUGAGAUUAGGGAUAAAGUUGAGAAAGCUCUGGUUGCUGUUGGCAUGCAUAAUUAUUUGCAAAGGCCCAUCCAAACUCUUAGUGGUGGUCAGAAACAAAGAGUUGCUAUAGCUGGUGCAUUAGCAGAAACUUGUAAAGUACUGUUGCUUGAUGAGCUAACGACAUUUUUGGAUGAAACAGAUCAGGUUUCUAAUUAAGAAGAUUCGGGAAUAUCAUGAUAGGUUGGGGUGAUAAAAGCAGUGAAGAGCACCUUGGCGGCUUCCGGAGAUAUUACAGCUUUAUGGGUAACGCAUCGCCUGGAAGAACUUGAGUAUGCAGAUGGUGCCAUCUACAUGGAAGAUGGGCAAGUUGUCAAGUGUGGGGAUGCUUCUACAAUAAUGGAUUUGAUUGAAGCUAGGCAAAGAGCUUACAUGAAAGAAAUUGGCUCUUUCUAAUAUAAGGGUAAUUUGUUAACAUCUAGAGCUAAAAUUUGCUUAGGGUUUUGUUUGAAUUGUUUUUCGUGAUUUUGGUGGUGUUCAAUCUGAAAAAUGUACAAUAUGAAGUUAAAAAUUGUUAAAAUUUGAGUGCAAAUGCUGAAAAUGCCAAAAACGAAAGUACAUGUAUGGAAAUUUUUUUGGAUGAAAUCCACUUUAUGUGCCCUAAGAAUAAAGGAAAGAUCCACUGCACGUGAUAUUUUUAUUCAGUAGCCGGAUUUUAUUAAAAUAAUUAUCAAAUUCUCACUUUCAGUACAAUUACUUGCACAAUAGUUUUUUAUUUAAAUUUACACAAAUUAUAAUUAAUAAAAAAUGAAAAAUUAUUUAUCCAUUGGCAUGAUUUUGUGG